AUGCCAAGGCGCCACCAGCGAUCGAAUAUCGCUUGCCAGACCUGCCGGCAGCGCAAAGUGCGAUGCAGCCUCAACAUUACAGGAGUCCCCUGCAUCGGGUGUGCGCAGGACGGCGCUGAGUGUGUCGUGGACCCGAAAAGACAAGAAAGGCUUCAACGCACCCGGAUGGCCAGAGUCCAGCAUCCUCCCACGCCUUCCAGCGCUAGCUUCCCAAAUUCGAGCCGCGGCGACCGAACUCAAGAAAUCUCGCCGCGUGCCUCUGGGCCUGAGCCGCAUAUGACACCACCUGGCAACGCACUUCCAUCUCCGCGCAAAGAUGUGUCUUUGCCGCAAGACCCCGUUGAAAGCGAGGAACGCUAUGGGCUGGAGAUUGCCGCCGCCGCGUUGGGACAACCGCAAAAAACCGGCCAAGUGCCCUUCUACGCGGGGGGAGGAACCGGACCAACGUCUGCCUUGGAUGUUUGCGUUGCCGAGCAGUCGCUCUCAAGCCACUUUCUCGUCCCUUCCAGCCCUUCCGUGCAUUUGGCCGAAGAGGACAAAAAAUACUUACAAAUCAAGGGUGUUUUCACGAUACCAGCGGUCCAAACCUGCGAUAAUCUUUUGCGCGCCUAUUUUCGUCACGUUCACCCGAUUCUGCCUAUUCUUGAGCCAGACAGUAUCCUCAAUUGCCACCACGCUGGGCGACUGGGGGAGCAUAACGUCUUAAUUCUGUGGUGCAUCUUUUUUGUGGCAUCUAAUUUUGUUCCUCCUCAUGUAUACGAACAAGAGGGCUAUGGAUCACGCAAGGAAAUGAAAGCUGCCAUGUAUGCUCGCGCAAAUUGCAUGUACAAUCACGGAGGAGAAAUGGAUAAGAUUAUUCUUCUGCAAGCUGCGCUUCUGAUGGCAUUCUGGCAUUCCGAAGCGGACGAGCACACACAGCCAUGGUACUGGAUGGGCAUUGCAAUCAGCCUCUGCCAAAUGUUAGGUCUACAUCGCGACCCAGAUUCGUCAAAGUACAAUUCUUCAGUCUCCAAUCGCCUGCGACACCUCUGGCGACGGCUAUGGUGGAGCUGUUUUUCGCGUGAUAGAUGGCUGAGCCUGACUUUGGGCCGGCCGUUGCGAAUUGAUCUUAACGACUGCGAUACGCCCAUGCCUUCCGCAGACGAUUUCCUAAGCGAUACUACACGCAUGCACGAAACUAUGGCAUCCUACUUACCAGAUGACCUGCCGCAUUUGGCCAGACACUGGGUCAAGUACGUCGAAAUCAGCAUACUGCUAGGAGAGGUUAUCACUAUGAACUAUCAGGUGGGAAAGCCUAGGCCACUGCUACAGGAUGUCGAGGCCCUGGAAUCAAAAAUUGUGCAAUGCACCGUCCCAGAACAGGACAACCCAAAUCUGUCUCGUGUCGCCAUCUUCAGCAUCUAUCAUCUGCAGUUGCAUUACCAUGCAUUAUCGGGCACCUUCUACCGUCCGUUCGUGAGCGUGAUACCCGAUGGCCUCGACCCACAGUGCCAGGUGAGUUGGCAACAUCGCAUGCGGCUCAAGGCCGAUGCAGCCGCGUCUCAUACAAACACUGUGGUCGAAGCUAUUGCACAAGACGAUCUCCUUGGCUUCUCCGGUCCGAUGACGCCUCCCCUCCUAGUCCCAGCAAUGCAAACAAACCUCCUAAAUUGCAGAAGCGGCGACUCCUUAUCCAAGCGUCUCCGGCUGAACAAGCUCACCAUGUGCAUGCUGGUGAUGGAAGAGCUUCAAAAGACAUACACCGUUGCCUCGAUAUACCGCGGGAUAUUCGCAAAGGCCAUCCAGCAGCUGUUCCCAGAGUACACCGAGGGCACAUUAUUAGGCCACUCUGCUCCCGCUGUCAAUAAUACCAAUGCUACGGCUAUACAUGCAGCUGGUACGGCUGAAGAUGCAACCGAAGCUGAGCCUGGAAUCGAUGGGUUGGGAUAUAACAAUGUAGCCGCGGACGACUUUAUUGACCUUCUGAUGGACGAGGCUUCUAUCUUCAAUUUCUGGGAUACGUGGAACCGAGAAUGA